AAAUUGUAGAUCGCAAUUGCAAGUAUGUUAUCUUGGAUACGAAAAUUAUCUAUUGGCACUAAAAUAAAAGAUGGUUUGUUGCCUGAUGGAGAUAUGGGGACUGCACAAGAUCUUGUUAAUAAAAAAAAUCCAAGUGAGGUUACCGAAAAAGACAUUACUGAGUUGAAAGAAACUGUCUAUGAUUUGUUGAGGACAAUAAAAGAUCCAGAAAAACCACAAACUUUGGAGCAAUUAGAAGUUGUUUAUGAAGAUGGAGUUAUCAUUUGCCCGUCAACCCCCAACGGGACCUUUGUCAUCCGCGUUGAAUUCAAUCCCACUGUGCCACAUUGCUCUCUAGCUACGCUGAUAGGAUUGUGUAUUAGGAUUAAAUUAGAGCGAUCAUUAAUCGAGUCUUUUAAAUUAGAUAUUUAUAUUAAAGAAGGCGCUCACUCUACUGAGGAAGAAAGUAUGUAA